AUGACCACCCGGCGAUCCGCUCGUCUCACCGCGCGGGCUGAGACCAAACCUGCUGGUAGCGAGUCCACGUCGAUGCCACCUCCAUCGACCCCAGUGAGCAGAUCACGCAAGAGAAAAGCAAUCUCUCCACCAGCUGGAAGCGGCGAGUCCUUGCCAGCGGCUCCAUCCACACCCAAAAGAAGGGCCCAGAAGUCUGCUGCCCCUGCGCCUACUACUCCUCCGCUAGUCCCACAGCACACGCCCAGCGCCGUCCGCCUCAUCGCCGAGCCAGCUGUGGGGACCAACGCUCCUCUCCUGUCACCCGAGACGUCCCGUGUCGCAGCCGUCAAGCCCAGCCUCGAGGCUGUUACUCCUAGCCGCCUACGUGGACCGACGACAGCCACGAUCCUUGCCGACGCCUGCGCGCACCUUGUCGCCACCGAGCCUCGCCUCAAAGCGCUCGUCGACGCCCAUCACUGCCGAAUCUUCUCCCCCGAGGGCCUCGCUGAAAAGAUCGACCCCUUUGAGUCGCUCGCGUCUGGGAUUAUCUCGCAACAGGUCAGCGGUGCCGCAGCAAAGGCAAUCAAGGCACGCUUCGUCGAUCUGUUCGAUCAGGAAGCCGCUGCCGCAGAGGCGACGACAGCCACGGCUUCCCGCAAGUUCCCUACGCCCUCUCAGGUGGCCGCGGCAUCUAUUGAGAGGCUGAGGGGCGCGGGCCUGUCUCAACGCAAGGCCGAGUACAUUCAGGGCCUGGCCGAGAAGUUCAGCUCUGGCGAGCUGACCGCCGGGCUACUGGCUGACGCGCCGUACGACGAGGUGCUGGAGAAGCUGAUCGCGGUGCGCGGGCUAGGUCAGUGGAGCGUCGAGAUGUUUGCGUGCUUUGGGCUCAAACGUAUGGAUGUCUUCAGCACGGGUGACCUGGGCGUGCAGAGGGGUAUGGCCGCCUUUGCGGGCCGAGACGUGUCCAAGCUCAAGGCCAAGGGCGGCGGCAACAAGUGGAAAUAUAUGAGUGAGCAAGAGAUGCUGGACAUGGCAGCGCCUUUUAGUCCCUACAGAAGCGUAUUCAUGUGGUAUAUGUGGCGGGUAGAAGAGACGGAUAUCAGCACAUUGGAGUGAGGCGCUUUGUCUAGUUCGACAGAGUCACCAAGAUUCAACAGCUAUGAAUCCG